AUGUCUUCUCUUCCACUUCCACACUUGCCUUUCCUGCUCCUUGGACUUCUGGCUGCCGCCAUUACCCUCUCCGACGCUAGUCGUCCGUUGUCAUCGUCGGAGAAGCCGUCCUUCAUCAGUACUGGAGAGCCAUCUCUGUUCGUGAAGCAACCUCUAAUAAACGAGGCACCAAUCUCCAGGAAGCAGGCUUCUUCUCUAUAUGGAAAACCACCUUCACCUGAGUACAAGCCUCCUCCAGUGAAGAAGCCGCCGCCACCAGAGUACAAGCCGCCAAGCAGUACUCCUGUUUAUGAGAAGCCUCCACUAAUGAUUAAAUCACCACCACCAGAACAGAAACCACCAAAGGAAGAGAGGCUGGCCACCAUCCAAACAGAAGCCUCCUUCCAUGGAGAAGCCACUAGUGCCUAUUUAUAA